GUAACCGUCGGCGCGUGCGCAGUCGGGUUACGGAUUUUUAACUGACGCACCAAAAUUCGGUAGCACAUCGCGAUGAUAACGUACGGUUUAGUGCUAUUGUUUCUAUUGGGUGUGGAGAGUUUUCCUGAUGGAGCGCCUAUAGACGCUUGUGUUAAGGAUCGCGCGAACCAACCCAACCACGGACAGCAUAGGACUCAACCCAUGUCGACACUGCCUUACAGAGUUGUCGCUUCUUCAGCGCACUACACACCGAAUUCAAGAAUUACAGUAACAAUAGAGGGAGCAGAACCGUUUAAAGGAUUCUUCAUACAAGCUCGCUCUAUCGAGAGCAACGAGUGGCUGGGCUCGUGGGAGCAGGCGCCCAACACCACCAUACACCCGGAGUGCGCGGCCGUGACACACGCAGACCCGCGUGAUAAGACUAGAGCUGUGCUCGCAUGGAAAGCACCUUCUAACUCACAAGGAGGAGUUUACUUCACGGGUACUGUCUUGAAGAACUACGGUACCUUUUGGGCGAAUUUAAUUGCACAAGCACCGCAAGAUCCUUUGCAACUACAAAUUCUUGGGUAAAAUUGUCUUAUUGGUAUUGUGAAUGAGAGGCAUAAAAAUCGGGACAGUAAAUUGUGUAUCUGAUUUUGAAGAUAAUUUAAGUAUGUACAAUUGUUAAAUAGGAUAAGGAAAAAAAACAAUAAAAUAAGUAAAAAAGUUA